AUGGAAAUCAGAGAAGACAUUGGUGAUCAAAGCAGUGAAGGUGGAAGUGGAGUCAACUUUCACAAGCCCAUAUUGCGCCCCUCAUCACUUGGAAGUGGAGUUGGAGGGAGGUUUAAUGUGAAGUUAUCAUUAGGAGGGAAGUUGGGAUAUGAAAGGUUUAGUAAAGUUAUGAGGAGUUAUCUCAUCUUGAUUGAGAGACACCUAUAA